UGUGUGUGUGUGUGUGUAUGUAUGUGCAUCCUGUUUAGUGCGGUAGUGCGGCUUUCGAGUUUCUCAACAUGGCGGACGUGUGAAAAAGCUAUGAAAACACUGAGCGAUGGCCAGAGAAAGAGCAGCUUUCUUCAGCCCGUUCGAGCAGGAGAUAAUCCUGAAGACUUUUGAGGAGUACAAAGCCAUCAUCACGGCGAAAUGUAACACAGCUGCUGCGGCCAAAUCCCGAGUGGAAGCCUGGCAGAAAAUAGCCGACAGAUUAAAUGCUGCCAACCCCAACAACGUAAAGCGCACCUGGCAGCAGGUCAAAAUUAAAUACAAAAACAUUGUGCAAUGUGCAAACAGGAAACGGAAGCAGAGGUUUGGUGGAGGUUUAGCGACGACCGGCUUUUCACCCGUCGAAGAGGUGGCGCUUUGGCAGAUCAGAGGUCGACCGGUGAUCGAUGGCACCAUUUUGGGCCUUUCCUCCAAGCAGACUGGCGUUAGCGCUGGGAGGCUGAUAGCUACAGAGCCAGAAAGCUCUGCAACUCUUAUACAGACAGCGCCAACCAUUCUUGAUUGUGCAGAAGAUCCCAUUGAGCGAUCUGAUUCAGAACAUGAUGAGAAGAACAUUGUGGUGUGUUCUCAUUCAGAAGAGGGGACUGAAGCGUACACAAGUCAAGAAGAUCCUGGACCUUCUGGACCCUCGGGACCUGCUGAUGGAGAGAGAGACGAAGAUGUGACGGCGCUGUAUAAACGUUACCUCAGACAGGAAAUCGCGUACCGGCAAAUGAAGAUGAAGAAGCUCGAGAAGGAGAUCCAGCUGCUCGAUAAACAGCUGGAUGUGACUUAGGUCAGUGAACUGAUUAUUAGUAGGAACACCUGAAAUGAACUGUGUGUCUGAGAUACAAAAAAUAUAGGCUCCUACAGAUAAAAAAAAACAACCAAAAAACUGAUAACAUCAGCUGAAAAGUUCAACAGAUGCCAGUCUAAAGCUAACUUUCGGAGGAAAAGAAGAUCAGAUUUAAACUCCAUCGUCCGUUCUACCAGAGACAGCAUGAGUCGAGUCAGGACACUGCUUAAAGUAUGAAUGGAGCAGUGUGUAACGCUCAACAAGGCAGCUACCUAUAUCAUGUAAGUCCCGUCCUUCUAGUAAAAAGAGCCAGUCACCUAUCAGAAAAUAUCUGGACUAUCAGAUUAAAUAUAGAGUGCUUUGCACAGUAGCCAGAGCAAUCUGAAAAAUAAAAGGUAUUUUUUAUAUGUUACGUAAAGCUUAAGAUCACCAAGAGCCCUUUUAACAGCCAUUUCAAAUAAAAAUGGCCGACCUAGAUGAGCCUGGUCUUGUGUGACUGAGAAUAACUGUUCUGGAGCCUCAACAAAAUGGCUGCCGACUGGACAAACUUUACUGGAAAUACCUUAUAAAUGACACUGGUUUCAUUUUGUCUAUUAGUCAUCCAGUCAUGAGCCAUUCAUCUGUAGGUGAUUAACGGCAAAGUAAAGAUGGAAUUCAUUCAAAAGAAUAUACAUUAAAAUAAUAAUGUUUUCCAAAAGAAAAUGUUGUUUCCAUAAUGUUUGCAUUCCUAUAGAAAAUGCAAAUGAAUUUUGAAAUGCAUGAGAAUGUUAUCAUUGAACUGAAUUGCAAGCUUGAUGAUUGAUUAAAUUACUAUGACUAUUUUUUAAAAUUUUCUUUCUUUUACAUUUUUUUAUGCAUUUAAAAGUCUUAUUUAAAAAAACUUUAUUUUUUAAUAUCCUGUUAAUUUUUUUCAAUUACCUUUCCAUUUUCUUUGCUUUUUUAUUUUCAUUUGGUUUAAAAUUUUCUAAAUCUUUUUUUUAAAUGUGAAAAAGGGAUUUUUUUUCAAUAAUAAUAAUUUGUAUUUUUUUUUUAAAUUGAGUAAUAUUUUAAAAUACAUUUUCUCUCCUUUUUAUUUAUUUUAACAUUUACUUUUGCUUUUUAAAACUUUCUGCUUUGCUUUGUUUCCAUUUCAUUCCUUUUCAUUUUUCUCAUUUGCUUUUCUCUUUCCUUUCUAUAUAUUGUUUUUGCUUUACUUCUUUUAAAUUAUGUUUUUCCCCCUUUUUUUUAUUUUGUCAAUUGUAACUCUUUACAUUUGGGUUACAAGAGCAAGAAUGAUGCUGUGAAUCUUACAACUUUAUUUAAUUCUAGUCUUGUACUUUUUUUUUCAAAGGUUGAAUUUGACCUUAGAGUCGCUGAAGGAAUUCUGUAUAUAAAAUUGGAAUAAUGGAUUAAAACACUAGUGAUGUAUCUGAAAGCUCUGGAAGCCCAGGAGAGAGAGGUGUGUGUGUGUGUGUGUGUGUGUGUGUGUGUGUGUGUGUGUGUGUGUGUGUGUAUAUGUGUGUAUGAAUGAUUUUUAUAGCCACAAGGUUGUGCUGUUUGGUCAUCUGAGAUCAGCUCGAGUUCACGGUAUAGUCACUGACACUGUGGAGUUACUGCAGGUAGUGAUAAUGAAAAGUAUAUACCAAUAAAGGCUAAAAAUUCAGUUAGGUUCUUGAAUCAACAUUGUUGUAAUGAUUAAUGAUAUGAGCACUCAAUCUUUUUAUAGUAUACACGUAGUAUAAAAAACGAUAAAAUUAAAUGUGUUAUUUCAGUAUGUACUUCAUUACAGAAUGGAGAGAAAGCAGCCUGUUAUGGAAAAUCAUCUCAUGUUGUGUGUGCGUGUGCGUGUGCAGAGAGAUGAACUGAUUAAACACGUUCAGAGGAAAGCGCUAACUGCCCUCCUCCGCAUACCUGAGUUCACAGAUGGCCACGAUUAGCUAGCACCACUCUGAUUGACAGGAGAGAAUAACACAGUAACUCCACCCCUCUCACUCAGAAUGGAGAGUUAAUACUGUCUUUUACAACUGAUACAUGAUUUUGAAAUUUUUGUUACAGUAAUGGAAUUCACAGCCAACAUUAUCAAAGUUAUUUUAUUAAGGGGUCCAAGCACCAAAGUCAGUUCUGCCAGUGGAAAGAUGAAUCAGACUUUAUUUUACAGGUCUCUGGCUACAAAGAGUUUGAGAACAGCUGUCCAAAUGAUUAUCACCCAGAACGUCUUGAUGAAUUCAGUCCUUCUGGGUGUGACGAUCUCUGUGCCUUAAUACCGUCCUCUAGCCGAGCCACCUGAGUGCUUACCUGCCAUUAUGAACACAUCUUGACUCCUCCAAUUACAGUCCGAUCUCCAAAAUGAAUUUUCCAUCUAAAAUUUUGGAGAAAAUAAUUGUCAGACAGCUCUUUUAUUUUCUGAGUAGAAAUAACAAGCAGAAUGAUUUAUAGGCUGCUCUGUCAGCGCUGGAUAAAGUGGUAAAUAACCCACUGCUUGCCUCGAUGUAUUGUGUGUAUUCGGUUUCAAUGCAGUUUGUUGGCACUGUUUUGAAAUCAAGUGCAACCUUUGACUUUAAAAGCCAAAGAAUUAAGUAUGACCGUUACAAAGCGCUGACACUGGACACUCCUUCCAUAAAUGUUACAUAAAUGGCAGAAAAUUUCACCACAUCAACUUUUUUUUUUUUUUAAAGUUCCCAGUGAAUGAGCUGUUCCGAGCACUUUAAUAUAAACCCGUGAUGUACAGCUGUGCUACUCUCAGAACUACUGUUAUAGAAAAUGAAUCGACGCCUUCUGACCAAUCGCAAUCCAGAAUGAAAGGCCUAUAUAAGGUAGUUUUUCAUAUACACUGCCUGAUUGUAUAUGAAAUGUGCUGGAUUAUUUUCUUCAGCAGUCACUGCGGGAAAGCUGUGACGUGUCGAACAUGUUUAUGAGUUUAGAUAAAGACAGUUGUGGAAAAAUGAUAGGGGCACAGUGAAAUCCUGAACCUGCACACACAAUGGUAUGGUUCCACAACAACAACACUUGAUGAAGUUCUGUGUGAAAGACGUCAGAGCAGCGAUGUGAAGCAGUCAGUGGGUGUUUAGCAUAAACACACAAGCAGAAGUGUUUUUAAAGCAGGUUUCCACCUGUUGCGCCUCACAGCACUCCGAUGCGGCUUUUCACUUUCACACUGAGUGUUAGACUGCUAUGUUCAGUCACCCGAACCCUCCCUCAGCGUUCAGCAGCCGCUCUGUGUUGGGAUUCAGACUCAUAACCUCCUGAUCACUGACACCUGAAAACCUCAACCUGGCAUAGAGAAACGAGACACAAUCUUUCUUUCUUUCUUUCUUUGUAUUCUGUUUCUUGGAUAUAUUUUUGUUUCUUUUUGUUCUUUUAAAGCACUUUGUCCCUCGCUGUUUUGCCCCUCAGGUGUAGAAAUGUAAUUUUCCUUUGCUGCAGAGCUCUUUUUGUCGCUCGCUGGCCUUCAGCUUGUUUUCAUGUGUACACCCUUAUUGUUCUGCCUGAAUGACUUCUGUGUAACUUCCCACCCGAUACGAGUCCUGGCCCUGGGCCUGCAUUCCGAGGAAGAGAUAACGGAAGCAGGAAAUUUCUCUGUAAGUCGACCGAGAGCACUUGUUUUCAGGUAUUAUCUCCUUCCCUGCCCUCCUCCAAGCCCCGACUUGGCUUUGUGCCUCGUCUUUCGUCUUUCCACGCUCGCUUCCCCGGGAACGUGACGUCAGCGAACCUCGGCCCUCACUGCUUUCUUCAAAAAUAAACUCCCAGGAUUCCUCGGCUCCUGCUGGAAGUGCAGUGGAAAAUGCUGGCCUCGGAGUCACUGCUGCUUUAGUAAACACACUGCUUUUCUUCUCAGGACUCAGAAACUCAGACUUCUCUUUAGUGUUUAGUCACUUUCUUACAUGCACACACACACACCACAACAACACCCUUUCUAACUUUGCCACACUUCCAGUCAAUGUUUACCCUUUAAAUCUCACAGAAAUACUGACACACGGUCAGAAAAACAAACAAUAUCAUGUUUAACACAAUAAAUUCUUUUUCUUUG